AUGACUGAGCCUCCAAAAGUGGUUACCCUCAACGUAGGGGGACAGGUUCAUACCACCACCCUCUACACUAUAACACAGUAUUCUGACUCAAAACUUGCAGAGAUUUUCAAUGGAGAGAGCAGCGUACCCAAAGACCCAAAGGGAAGCUACUUCAUCGAUCGAGAUGGUGUAUUAUUCAAGCAUGUCUUAAACUUCUUGCGAACCCGUAAGCUGGUCUUGCCCGACGAUUUUAAAGAGUUUGAACAGCUCGAGAUAGAGGCAAAUUUCUACAAAAUCAAAUCUUUACAAGAAGAAGUCAAGAAAGCUAAAGAAUCCCAUCAAUCUGUCGAUUCUGGCCCAGAGAUUUUACGACUCUUUUACAGCUCCGGGACAAAGCUAGUGUUAGCUGGCGGAUUAGGAAUGCUUCAACAACUCGUACCCAAUAUACGUUUGCUCGGAGGUUCCAUUGCAAAAGGUCCUGCUUAUAACUUCAGUACUGCUAAGGGAGUUGUCGAGGGAGGGCAAGUUACAGUUCCGCUUAAGUUGGAGCAACUGGAUGCUUUUCUCCAACACGUCGUCAACGAGGGCUUUGAGGUCAAGAUGUCAGAUUUCUUCUUAGAUGGUAAUGCAAGUCAAGUCUGGGUAUUUGUGCGAAAGUAGUAUCGAAAUACACAAUGCAUUGGCUCUACACAAGAGAGAAUAAUUAUCAUCACUCUUGCUCUUCAAGAAUAAAAAGAAUUUUCAGUUAGAAAAAGGGACUAAUUUUGUAUUCUAAUGUGUGAUAAAGACAAAUGAAACUUGUUAGGGGUACGUUCAACUGCCUUAACUUAAAAAAAAAUUCCAUAAAAUGCCAUGAGGCGACGGAAUUCUGUAGACAGCUAAAUGUUGCAAGUAAGCCAUGAUUUGAUUCGCUUACGUUAAGGUGCAACUUAUAGUUAAGUAAUGUUUAGGGUUUUUAAUAGUAAGAUUGUCGGUUAGUCCGCUAUCGCGUCCUCGAGUGCCUGACAGUGUCAUCAUACAUGAACGGGCACUAUAACCGUUAAUGUUAGGACUGAUAGUUGCGCUUAAUGUGAAGUGCCUCACACUGAUAUUAAAAGAUUACACUAUAUAAAUCAACAAUGAAAAUAUUGUAUUGUUUGCAGAAUAAAAAAAGUAGAAUACGGUAUUGCAGCGUCAAAGAUAACAAAAGGACUCGCAAAUGGCAGGUUGUUGAUUAUAGACUUAGUCCAAGACACUCCCAAAUAUCCAAGUACUUUAAUCUUUUUACAACUAUUCCAAUUAUUCUAUCAUUUGUUCACAGUGACUCAAACCAUAAUAUGGGUCAUUUCCUGCAUAAAGUACUAAUGGAUCAGACUCAUAGNGUUUUUAAUAGUAAGAUUGUCGGUUAGUCCGCUAUCGCGUCCUCGAGUGCCUGACAGUGUCAUCAUACAUGAACGGGCACUAUAACCGUUAAUGUUAGGACUGAUAGUUGCGCUUAAUGUGAAGUGCCUCACACUGAUAUUAAAAGAUUACACUAUAUAAAUCAACAAUGAAAAUAUUGUAUUGUUUGCAGAAUAAAAAAAGUAGAAUACGGUAUUGCAGCGUCAAAGAUAACAAAAGGACUCGCAAAUGGCAGGUUGUUGAUUAUAGACUUAGUCCAAGACACUCCCAAAUAUCCAAGUACUUUAAUCUUUUUACAACUAUUCCAAUUAUUCUAUCAUUUGUUCACAGUGACUCAAACCAUAAUAUGGGUCAUUUCCUGCAUAAAGUACUAAUGGAUCAGACUCAUAGUGGGUCAGGCAGAGCAGCAAGCUGUAUGUAGACACACCUUUAAGACCUUUAACCGUUCCGUUAAAUUAAUUGUUUAUCUUCCUUGUCUCGUAAUUGUGUGUUUAGGAAAUGUUCGAGCAUUCUUCUCCGGCAUGGAGAACAACACAGACUUUCUGAAAGCCCGUUUCCGGUUUCUGCUGGUUAGGCUUAUGUGGCUCAUCUCAUAAUUCGGCUAACCGAUUUUUUGAAAAGCAACCUAACGAAAUUUGCAGUCAUUUGAGUGAGAGGGCAUCAAAAUGCAGGUUUCUUAAGCCUGAUAAGCUCAAAAAUCACAGUAACGAAGGAAAACGAAAGGAGAAAAAGAAAGAGCGGAGAUAAGGAGAAGAGUACAAGAAAAAAAAGCAAUGGCUGCACUCUUAGUUUUUCUGAUAGCUACUUUGGUUCAUUUGGCGAUGACGUUUUCAAAACUCCGGCUAAGAUUACAUCCAAGGCAAGAGAUCAAACAAGCUCUGUUGAGCUUUAGACGAUCUCCGCUUUAUUCUAAAUAGAUGUAAAACAUAAUAUUUAUCAGACGUCUUUCUUUUCUGCUCACAUCUCUUUCCACCGUCAUGCACCGUCCCCACGAUCUGAACCCUGGAACAGGCUACCCACCUUAUGACACACGCCUUUAAGACUUGUCCAAGAAAAGUCGAUCGUAUCAUACAUGACUACGUAAGUGAGACAAAAUUGAGUCCGCGGUUCAUAAUUAAUAGGUGUAGUUUCAAUUUCGGCUGUCGUCAAGCAGGAAACUAAGGUCAUCAGCAAAUUGAAUCCCGAAAAGUCAUGACAGGAAAUCGCAGUAUUCAUUCUGAUCGAGCGCAUCCCUGCGCAGAAUGUGUGAAUAGUGUUUUCAUUGACCACCCUCAGACAAGAAAGUAACUAUUGCAAAUAAUCACCGUCAGUGAACCAAUAUUGAGGUAACCUUGAGAAGCAAGCUGUUUUUGUGACUUUAGGACCCACCAUGGAUCUCGCUCUGGGCGUGGGUAACCUUUCGGUAACAUCGUGUGACGUUUUGCUACUGUCACUGACUACCACAGAACCGGAAAUCGUUGAUGUGCCAAAUUCAGCUUGCUAGCGAAACAACCGAUGGUCUGUUUUUGAUAAAUUACAAUCAUUUUAAGGUAAGUAAAAGCUUUUGAACGAGUCGUGUCUUGUUGUAUACGAAGUUUUGUAAUUGCUCACCGAACAGUCAUGUAAGAUAUUCUGUUAGAAUUCGGGAAAUUAAGACCAGGGUCAUAUGAGUUUUCUCCGGAGUUGUUACGUGUAGGGUUACCGAAAUAAUCCCUAAUGUUUUUUGUACACAGGAAAAAUGAUUUCGGUAAAUGAAAUUCGUUUUUCGUCAAGUAACGAAAAGACACAAACAUACAUGGAUUUAUGUACCUCUUUAUGAAUUAAUUAGUUUAAUGGAGUGUAAUAGUUUUAAAAUUGAUUCUCGUCAGUAGCAUGGGCUCCUGGUCUCGUGAAAACUCUAUUGCGACACCACAUACGCAAGGUGCUCCGUAUUCAAUCCUAGCCACCUUAGAUUCAUACACAUAGUUGACUUUAUUUCACUCCAAAAGCACUUACAUUUGUAAUGAUUUUUAACCCAGGCUAAUCGGUUCCUGACACAGGGACAUCAUACUUCCUCCGACAACAGACGAUUUAAGACUAGACUACGCCUAAUUAUAAAACUGAUUAGCAGGAUGUUAUUAGCCAGUGUAGCGAACCCCCCUCCCCUCAGAAAAACAAAAAUUGAGGGAAGGGGGAUCUGUACACAGGCUAGAUGUUUUAAACAAAUUCCGGUAUUCCCUCUGCCACUGUUAAUAGCAAAAAAUCAAAUUUUUCUCACGAUGCCUGACUCUGUUUUUUCUUCUGUGUUAUAUAAAAACAGUGUUGUUAUGGCUCCGAUGGCACAGUGUUUUUUUUUACAGGAUUCGGCUGCUGCUAAACGAACUGUACCCUUUGAAAUACAUGUCCGUUUUAGCACCCUGUUCAAUGCUGUGGACAAAAGCGUUCUUUUCUUUCAUCACACCCUACUAAAACGAGUUCGAGCAAAAUUAUAUUCAGUAAAACACGAAUGACAGUGGCCAUAUCGAGAAGUCAAUAGCAAAGUUCUCGCUUAAUAGAGGCUUCAAUGUGCCCUCUUCGGGACAGAACGGCCAAAAUCUGUAGUCCGUCUAGUAAUACGCCAUCGUGAAGGCCAAGUUCGAAAGCGCCCCUCCCCACAAAUAGCUAGGCGCGUCAGUUGAUCUGCUGUGUUAUUUUUCGCUUAUCUGGCACUUCCUCGCUUGUCGAGACACGCAAAUAGAGCUACGUAUUUCGACGAAAUGUGACCUUGAGCAGUCUAUAUUAAGAAUUGUUUUAAUCAUAUGGGAAAACUUUUUUAACUUAGCGACCGUUCACGAAAAGAGAUCGUGGGUGUAUGGUACAUAUGUACAUGAACAACCUCGUCCCCAGGGCUUGUUGAUACAUGAACUCUAUUUAUAAUCGAGAUUCAGAGUAGCUUGAAAGGCUAAUAUCUUCGAGAAUAUAAGUAAUAUAAAAGAAACAAUAAGAAUCAGCAAUCCACACGAAGGCCUUAAGGUUGAACUCUCCAUGAUAGUCAAUUUACCAUUAUCAUAAAAAUAAUUUUUAUGACAAAAUUAUCCUAACUGAUUUUCAUUCUGUCCCCCCUCCCCCAAGACAGUCUUGGAUUCUGAAUUCCACGCUAUGGAUCUCGGAUUCCAAAAACUGGAUUCGUAUUCCUCGUCAGUGGAACUUGGAUUUUGAAUACCAAUUUUAAGCGGGACUCUGGAAUCCUGGGGCUGAAAUUCGGAUUCCAAAGCCCAGUUUUCCAGAUCCACGAAUACUUUGCAUGUGGCCGGUGAAUUCUGAGAUAGACAUGCAAGCAAGUUUGAUUAGAAUCUCCACUCACAACCUCAUUCCAGAUACAAUGUCACUGCAUGUUGAACGAGAAUGGCUAAAACUAAAAAACAACUCAUCUCUGAAGUGGAGGUGACUUGCAAGUGCAAUACUCGCUUCCAAGCAGUUCGUCAUCCAGGACGGUUGAAAAUGCUAUGCAGUGGCUCGGGAAUUACCACUUUCUAUUUUUUUUUUGGCCCCUCACAAAAGCGGACCAGGAAAUAAUUAACCCUUUUUAGACCGCUAGGGUCUCAUGCGACCCAUAUGGAACGAUGUAUACAUUCCUCCCUGAACCCAUUUAGCUUUCAAUUGAAUUUAAUAAAUCGGUAGGCAACAACGUCAGCAAAGAUAGAUCUUUCCGGCGAUACAUCGGUUUGGGUAUUCUGACUAAUCCUGACGGGGUUACACUCACAAAAAAGGUAACAUUCUGGGGAAAAAUCCACUGCCAAUUUCGCUGUUUACAUACUACAACAAAUUAAAUUUGUCCCUUUCCUAAAAAGUUAGCCAGCCAUAAUUACAUGCAAAAGAGAGACGAUAAAGUAGGCGAAAAACCGCUAAUAAAGAAGGAAAAGAAGGGAAAAAGAGAGCGAGAGAGAAAGGUCGAAAUAGAUUCGCAAAAAGUCUAAAUUUUGGCUAUAGAGCAUGCGUGGAAAACAAAACUCGUUUUUAGCCAUUCCAUUAGCCGAAAACUAGUCCAAAGAAGAGGAAUUGGUGAAAUUAGCGUUUUUUUCGCUACUCGCCGGCCAGGAAGCCCAGGAAGUUGUUAGUGGAACGUGUCUUCAUUAAGUUAAACCAGUAUACUUGUUAAAAUUUAAUUUACACUCUCUCAAAAUCCCAAAAAGAGAGUUUGUAAGAGGACGUUCGAUGUAAAACAUUCGAAUUUGCUGCGAAAUUGCCAAGAGAUUCUCUUGCAAACUGGGGAAAGGUCUUGGAGAAAGUUGGUUUUGCCUUUUAAAACAUUUUUAUUUAGUUUGACACAGACUUAACAUCAAUAGCUAAGACGUUAAGAUUACGGGAUUGAUGAAAAUACAGUGAAGUGAGGUUCUUUUUUCUUAUUUUCUACAUUUUACAGCUUCAGAAGAUGGAGAAAGCUCAAACACUUCCAUCGAUAAUCGACAUUAACGUUGGCGGCCAUGUUUAUACAACAUCGUUGGCUAGUCUGACCAGGUAUCCUGAUUCUAUGCUGGGUGUUAUGUUCAGUGGUCGUCGUCCGGUUGCCAAGGAUUCUCGGGGAUGUUUCUUUAUCGAUCGUGAUGGUCCAAUGUUUCGGUACGUCUUAAAUUUCUUACGCUCUUCCAAGUUAAAUUUACCGGAAGGUUUUCAAGAAUUUGAUCAGCUCAUGGAAGAGGCCGAUUUCUAUCAAAUUGAUCCACUAAUCGAAGCUUUACGAAAGGUGAAGUCCUCACAAAGACCUGUUGCGAGUUGUCAAGUCAUUCGUCUUACUCUGGACCGAGACAAACAUGGAUUGGAAACACUGUUGACCGUGUUUGCCGAGAGUCCCAUACUGGAAGAAGUUUUCCGGGGACAUGAUUGUGUCGGAAGCUCUCUCAUCUUUUCUUUUGAUAAAGAACAGGCAGACUCAUCAACUGCAGCAAUUCUGCAAGAAAUAAUAAACCAUGGGUUUGAAGUGAUGACGAGACUCUCACAUCCUGAAGAUAAAUCCAUCAAUGAAUGGUUUUUCUUUCGUAAACGUCGUUGA